UGUUUUUUUGUACCUAUGGGACUGAGGCUUUUGUACAGCAAGCACGACUUCACCAUAACAUGUUCCUGGAUCAACAUCCUUUUUGAUCCUGAAAACAACAUUCCAAUCAAUUUCUCAGAAUUGAGAUAGUAUAACUUUUCAGGGAAGAUCUGUUUUAGGCUUACAAUCAGGGUUAGGUACUACACACUUGUUUAUCAGCUAUCAUAUCCCUCUGAUUUUAGGAAUAAAUAAAAUGGGUAGGUUUAGGUUUAGGGGUAGAGACUGGGUUAAGUCUAUAUUUUUGGACAAUAAAAUGUUGAUCCAGGAUCAUCAGAAGAUGCUGAUCCAGGAACAUUUACCUGCAACCGCUUUUGUACCUCUGUGUAUGUGUUCAGGCCAUAGACUGUAUAAAAACAGGUUCAGGCACGUCUGUGAAAUAAGGAUAACGCCCUUUGAAUAUGUUAAGAUUUAAACACAACACUUAAGCUAUAAUUAAAUCUCCCUAAGAGAGUAAGUGGAAGCUAGAGAAAGAAAUUGCAUGCAUGUUAUAAAGGCUAAAUGAAAUGCUGUUAACAUGAUCAGAUAUUCUUAAAGUAAACACAUGGGUACACGCUGUUCCGUUUAGCUAUGCCCUCACCCUUACUCAAAUAACAGCUCGUUUAUUUAUAGUAGUGAUGGGAGCUCCGAAUCAUUACUGCGAAUUGUUCUUUUAGAAUAGACCCUGAAGCGAUUCAGUGAUUCUUUUACGUUGUAUUCCUAAUAAGUGCUAAUUAUUAUUUAAUUAAGUACGUUCAUUAAUGCGUUCAUUAAUACGUUCAUUAAUAAUGAACGUAUUGAUUGAAAUGUAAUGUGUUCUAGUUCAGUUGAUUGCAAUAGAGAUUAUAAUUUUUUUUCAAUUAUUAUUAUUAUUAUUAAUAAUAAUAAUAUUAGUAGUAGUAGUAGUAGUAGUAUUAAUAAAGCUAGUUUACCGCUCUGAGAUAUUUAGUCUUUAUUUAGCUAUUUAAUAGGCUAUUUAGCGAACGAACUAAGAACCAGUUCGACCGAUGCAAUGAUCCGACUCAAAAGAACGAGUCAUUCACGAAACUGACAUAUUUAUAGCCAACGCUUCUGGACCGAAAACUGGUGCACUUUUAAGGUUAUAUAAAGAAACGACAGGGAAACAAUUAAGUUCUAAGGCUUUUCGUUCGUGAGGGUGUUGCAACUAAACCUUUUAUGGAUGAGUAGAAGUAUAAACUAUGAGUUUCCAUAAAAACUGAAGGACGAGCCGCUAUAAAGGAAAAGGAAUUUGAAGUAGCCUACAUCACUGGAUAAGGAUGACAAAAGAGGAAGAAAACCCUGAGUGGGUUGGUGGUCAAGAAUUUUACGACAAAUAUGACCCAAAGGAGAUAUUAGGACGAGGUGUGAGCAGUGUAGUUCGCCGAUGUGUGGACAAACGGACUGGCCAGGAAUGUGCUGUAAAGAUCAUAGACAUCACACCGUCAGACAAAAUGACAUCUGAAGAAAUACAAGAAAUCCAGCAGGCCACUGUGAAAGAGAUCGACAUUCUUCGAAAAGUGUGUGGACAAAAAAACAUAAUUCAACUGAAGGAUUGUUUUGAAUCAAAGGCCUUCUUCUUUUUGGUAUUUGAUCUGAUGAAGAGAGGCGAACUCUUUGAUUACCUCACAGAAAAAGUCACACUAAGUGAGAAAGAGACACGAAAGAUAAUGCGAGCUCUUCUGGAGGUGGUUGAGUAUCUUCACACCCACAGUAUAGUCCACCGUGACCUGAAACCAGAGAACAUUCUGUUAGAUGAUGAUGUGAAUAUCAAACUCACUGACUUUGGCUUCUCAAUCCAGAUUGAGCCCGGACAAAGACUGAAUGAGGUUUGCGGGACACCAGGUUACUUGGCUCCAGAAAUCAUUGAGUGCUCCAUGGAUCCCAACAGUGCUGGCUAUGGACCUGCUGUUGACCUUUGGAGCGCAGGCGUGAUCUUCUACACUCUUCUGGCUGGAUCGCCACCUUUCUGGCACAGGAAACAAAUGCUAAUGCUUCGAAUGAUUCUUGCAGGACAAUAUGAAUUCAGCUCUCCGGAGUGGGAUGACCGCUCGGACACUGUCAAAGACUUGAUUUCCAGGUUAUUAGUUGUGGACCCACAAAGUCGUUAUACAGCCACAGAAGCUCUCAAUCACCCAUUCUUCCAGCAGUAUGUGGUUACAGAAGUUCGUGAUUUCAGCCCUUACAGGAAAUUCAAGGUUAUUGCUAUGACCGUUCUUGCCGCCAUGCGUAUCUACUGCAACUAUCGUCGUGCCAAACCUGUCACCAAGGAAGUGAUGCGCAGCGACCCGUAUGCCAUCAAACCUCUACGCAAGAUGAUCGACGCAUGUGCCUUUAGGAUCUAUGGCCACUGGGUGAAGAAAGGGCAAACUCAGAACAGAGCAGCUUUAUUUGAGAACACUCCAAAAGUCAUUCUGCUCUCUAUUGCAGCUGAGGAGAUGGAUGCGCUACCCAGGACUUGGAUGGAGUAUGACUGACCUAGUGGUGACACGAGCUCUGUGAUUGGCUGAGCCAUCGGCUGUGUCAAUCCAGGAUGCUCGGCGCAAGACGUACAUGAUCUGAGCACCAGGAAACCGUGAGGAGGUCCACUCCCACACAUUACCCAGAAUGUCACAUAAUCCUGAAAAAAAGUAUCACAUUGAUAAUAAUUAGAAAUGUUUCUUGAGCACCAAUUCAGAUUUCUGAAGGAUCAUGUGGCAGAAGACUGGAGUAAUGGCUGCUGAAACAAGACACUAGAAAUAGACCUUCAAUUUAGGCCAGCUGCCCAGUAAAUUUUGUUUCUUUAUGCUCCUGCUUUGGGUUCAUACCUCAAUUAUAUGAGUGAUCUUAUUUUUCAGUUCAUAUGACACAAAAUACUGGAACACAAAUCUCCAACCGAACUUUUCAGCUUCUGUUGUCUGACAAAUUCCCUGGAAUAAACAGAAGCAGCUGUAUCAGGCUAGUAAGAAGAUACACAAUCAUUAGGAUGACAGAAGGUUUAGGUUUCCGAGUACCUAAAGUCAGAGUUGGUGACAGGAUAUUUGUCAAUCUUGAAUGGCUGGAGUGUCACAGGUGGUGUUGGUGAUUCCCCAUCUCU